AUGGCUGCCGCAAACAAAAUUUUGAUGCUUAUCGUUAUUAUUGCUGUCUUGUUUGGAACUUUGGCAACGUCCAAACCAAUUCCGGGCCUUGACGAAAGAACACUACCAGUUCUCCAUGUUUCUGCGCCUCGAUCUGGUUUCUUUUGGGCUAUUAAGUCGUUGCAAAAUGUCAGCUGGUGGUGCGACAAAUGCAAACCCACAGAUGGUGUAAAGAUUAAUAUCAAGUGCAAUGGUAAAUCGGUAUAUUCUACGACUGGUACUAAUGCUUAUACUGGCCAAAAGGACGUUAAAAUUGAUCCAAAAUGGGCGGUUGAAGGCGCUAGUUGUGCAGUUAAAGUUUCUCUCAGCGGUAAUUCUCACGUUUUUGGAAUAAGCACGCCAGUCAUUAUUGUUAAAACUCAAGAAUAA